UUACAUCGGGCCGAAGGGCAAAACCACAGGAUCUGGACGAGGUAGGGCGCAGAGAGGAAGAGGGAUUUGGUAAUCGACUCAUCGCCAUGGGUGGAGGCGGCGGAGAAGGCCACGGUCACCAUGCCGGAGUGGAGGAUUUCAGGACCAAGGUUUGGAGCAUGACGGGCGGGCCCUAUUGCCGUCCCAAGCACUGGAGGCGCAACACCGCGAUCGCUAUGUUCGGUAUCUUCCUUGUCUGCAUCCCCAUCGCCAUAAAAUCUGCCGAGCUUGAGCAACGGCCUCAUCACCCAGUUCGCCCAAUUCCUUCUCAGCUUUGGUGCAAGAACUUUGGCAACAAUAAAUACUAGCAGCGUGAUGCAUUUCCAAAUGGUAAUAAUAUCUGGAGAUGUUCUUCAUCUGCCGUAGCAGCAAAAACUGCUUUCUAUCUUGUUACUGCCUUUUGAUCUAUAUGCGUUUUCUAUGGAAGUUAAUCAGAACUGCUCCAAUGAAAUAUGUCUGAACAAGUGUGUUGAUCCAGAACGAUUGUUUUUGUUUUGAGGUGUCGCCCAGAUUGAAAUAAAUCCAGAUGCUCUUUUUAA